AUGGAACAACAUAAGAUGCAUAGGAGGAACAAUUUACCAAAAAAAGACUGGGACAUCAUAGAAAAAUUAGCUAAUCGGCCAGAGAUUGUGAUUAAGCCUGACAAGGGCGGGGCUAUAGUGGUCCUGUCCCGUGAUGACUAUGAUAAUGAAGUCAGGCGACAACUUAACAAUACGCAGUUCUAUCAACGCAUGACCCGAUGGACGAAAUACAGCUUAUUAUCCAUACGGUAUGUGGAUGACGUUUUUCUGGCCAUGUAUGACUCCCAAAGCUUUGCAGAGUUUAAUUUAUGGAUUAACGAACGUGAUCCAAACAUUAAACUUAAUGGGGAAUGUAAUAUUAGUGAAAUCCCGUUUUUAGACGUGAGCAUCUACAAGAAACCUAAUGCUAAACUGCGGGACAAGCGUGACUUAAGAAUUGAGCUAUGGCUUCACGGAGACAUAGCUAUUGUGACUCAUGAGUACACUAAUACAGAGAAAGUUGGAUUUGGCAAAUUAAUAAUGACCCCGGAGAAAACAGUCUGCAAGGAGGAAAGCUUCCCAGCAUUCCUGCAGCGGAGGAGAAAACCAAAACCCUUAAAUGCAAGUGACAUGGAGACAUGGAUUGCAUGCCAGUCAGAGGGUGACAUCAAGAAAUGUCAGUUGCUGGUGCCAUGUGAUGGGGAAGAUGGGCUGUGUCAUCUGAUUGAUAGUAAUAAGAAAAGAAAGAAAGUGAUAUCUUGGCCAUUUGUAUUAAGACGAACCUUCACUGGGCCAGAGACCCUGGGACACCUGGCAGCUGAUCUGAAGCCUUCUCUGUUUGAUCAGCCAUUGUCGAUGGUCUGCACUGAGGAAGACACGCUCCCCAAACCAAUACUGGACAUCCUUACAAUUCUCUACAUGAAAGGGCCUUCUACUGAAGGAAUCUUCCGAAAAGCUGCCAAUGAGAAAGCACGCAAGGAGCUGAAAGAAGAAUUAAAUGCCGGAGGAAAUGUUGUCUUAGAAAAUGAACCUGUCCAUCUGCUGGCAGUGAUUUUUAAGGAUUUCCUCCGAAACAUUCCCCAGAAACUGUUACUAUCUGAACUUUAUGAUGAGUGGAUGACAGCACUGGAGAAAAUAAGCCACAAUGAAAGAACGGAAGCAAUGAAAGAGGUUGCAGGCAAACUACCUCAGCCUAACCUUGUUCUGCUCAAGGGUCUGCUCUGUGUGCUGCGCCACAUUAGCCAGAACGCAGCAGUCAACAAAAUGGAUUCCAACAAUCUGGCCAUCUGUGUCGGGCCCAGCAUCCUGACUCCAGAUCACAACCAACACCUGCCGCUGGAAGCACAGAAAGAGCUGACCGAUAAGGUGAAGACACUGGUGGAAUUCCUUAUUGAUAAUUGCUCUGAAAUAUUUGGAGAAGACAACUCUUUGUUAUUCAGUAUCUCUGAUGAUGAUUCCCUGGACAAGUCAGAAAUGCUGUCUCCAAGCCAGCAAAAUGAUUCAGCCUAUGACAGCACAGACCUUGAAGGAGACUGCAAUUCCAGUGAUUUCCAGGACAAAGAUGUACAAGAAGCUAAGGGGCCAGCCAGCAGGCUGAACAGUAUAGAGCUACAGUCCCAUCACCCACAAAGCCAGACUGCCUCUGUCACUUCACUGACUCCUCUUAACAACUCCAUAAGUCAGCUGGAUAGGAGAUACUCUGAGCCAGACAUGUUUUCUUCUCAGGCCUGCCAAGAAGGCAGUAUGAAAAGCCAGAAGCUAACCAAAAGUGAGGAGGACUUUGUUCAUCAGAAGGAACUGGGGCUGAAGUGUCAAAGGCUCAGCAAGCAAAUGACCAGAGAACUAUAUCUGCCAAGCCUUCAUAGGAAUAAAAAGCCACCAAACCUAACCAUUAAAAGUCAUUUACAUUCAGAAUUGUCAACCAAUUCCUUGGCCAGAUCAUCCUCCAACAAUUCACUGGAUUGUUCCUCACCAGCUUCUGACUCUUCUGUCUUCACCUGUUCACCACUAACAUCACCUUCCGGCUCCAAGAAGAAUGCUUUUACUCGGCCCCAGUCUUUCUCCACCAAGACUGCUUUUGAAAGUGACACAUCCAACCAAGAGCCCAGAAAACAUUCAAUGUCAUUUUCUGUGGCGACCCGCAAGAAAGAACUAACAAAAACCCAAAGUUGCAGCAUAGUUGGUUUCCAAAGAGGCAGUUUCAAAAAGGACUCCAAGAGAGAGAGAAACCUUUCCUGUCGAGUAAUUCAAGGAACCUGCACCAACAGCUACAACCCAGGGCCUGCGGGAUGUCAACUGAGGCCUCGUUUCUUUUCAGCAGAUGAGGUGUUUCGAUUUGUUGAUCAGAAAAAUCCGGGAAAGCCGCCAUCCUACAAAGAGGCUAUCAAAAACUGCUCAGCUGCUAGGCUUCCCUCCUACAGUAGCUUAACUGUUCAAAAUAUGAGAUCAGCGCAAUUGCACCCGGACUCUCAGCCUCAACGUCCAAGGCCAGACAGAGAGGUUCCCAACAAAGUGCAUAAGGACAUCUUUCAGGACAAGCGCUCGGUGAUCAGUAAUCCUAAAGACAAAAUGCAAGCCGCGGAUGUUGUCAUUGGAAUUCAUUCCCGAGCUAAUUUGCCACUCACCCCUCAAGUCUACCGCCUGAGGACCAUGUCUGGGUCUUAUCAGAAGAAUAAACAAGAAUAUUUAACACGGCGGUGUAGUCAACCAACCUUUGACCAUAUACUAUGUGCGAAGGAAUCCUACGUUUAA